AUGACUUGGAAUAUUAGGGGCUUGAACCGGCCCCUGAAACAAAGUGAGGUUCGAACCAUUGUCACGGAGAACAAGUUAGAGUUGUGUGCGAUCCUUGAAUCGCAUGUGAGUAUUGGUAAUUUGGCUAAAGUUUGUAAGUUUGUAUUUCGUAAUUGGAACUGGACCUCCAAUGGUGGUGUUUGCAGCCGUGGUACAAGAAUUAUUUUAGGAUGGAAUGCGGAUAAUCUAGAUGUUAUGGUCCUUUCUCAAUCGGAUCAAAUUAUGCAUACUCAGAUUCUUUUUAAGGCUAGCAAAAGAGUUUUAUUUUGUUCGGUUGUCUAUGCGGAGAACAAGUAUAUAGAUCGGAGAGCGCUUUGGGCCAAUCUAUGUAAGCAUAAGUUAUUUUGUCAUGAUAAGCCAUGGGUGGUUAUGGGGGACUUCAAUUCUACUCUCAAUAUUGAAGAUUCGUUAUGCGGGGUCUCUAAACAGUCUAUUGGCAUGCGAGAAUUUCAGGACUGUAUUCAACAAACGGAAUUGAUGGAUAUAAAUGCGCAUGGGAUGCAAUAUACCUGGAAUCAAAAGCCUAAGAGUGGAGUCGGCUUAUUAAAAAAGAUAGACCGUAUAAUGGGUAAUGUGACGUUUUUGGACUUGUUUCCCUCUGCUUAUGCGUUGUUUCAUCCGUUUCGGGUUUCUGAUCAUACUCCAUGUAUCCUUAAAAUCCUCGGCUCCAAUGGGUCUCGACCAAAGCCAUUUAAGUUUCCGAACUUUAUCGCUACUAAGCCGGAAUUUAAGGACAUUGUUAAACUGGAGUGGACGAAGAGUGUGGAGGGGAUUGCCAUGCUUUCGGUUGCGAAGAAGUUAAGGAAUUUAAAACCUAGCUUGAGAAAGUUAUUUUUUGAUCAGGGAAAUUUACAUGUGAAAAUUGAUAAUUUGCGAAAGGAAUUAGAUGAGAUUCAGGCCCAAAUGGACCGUAAUCCGUGGAGUGUGCACCUGCGUCAAAAGGAAGCUCAAUGUCUUAAAGAUUUUCAAGCGGCUGCCUAUGAUGAGGAGUGUUUCCUGAAACAGAAAUCUAAGGUAGAUUGGCUCUGUGCUGGAGACUCGAACACUAAAUAUUUUCAUAACAUUGUGAAAACAAGGAACGCUAGAGCUAGGAUUUAUAGCGUUAUGGAUACUAUGGGGGUGAGACAUGAAGGUGAAGAUGUCGCUGAUGCUAUGGUGGUGCAUUAUUCAAGUUUUUUGGGUAUAGAGCACCCGGUUGAGACAACCAAUAUGGAAAACCUGUUUACUAAUGUUCUUAGUGACGAAGAUGCGGUGCACAUGAUUCGCCCGAUUACUCGUGAAGAGGUUAAAAAUGUCGAAGUGCACAUGAUUCGCCCGAUUACUCGUUGA